UGACUCUGACGUCACGCCGCGGUCAUGUGACUCUCUGGUUAAAGAUGUGAGUCGUGUGUUGUUGCCAUGUAGAUACUUCAGGAUUCACGAGUCUUAUUAAAGGAAAUACCAUAAUCAAGAAAUUCUUCAUAUCUGCACUGUUGUCGUUGUCUUUAUUGUAUCGAUGGAUUUUGUUCAACAGUUCGGAAUUGUGCUUAUAAUCGCGGUGUUUUCCGGCACUCGUGCAAACGAGCUUCAGAUCGAGCCGCUGAUAUACGAGGAGCAGCUGCUGUGGGUCGGCGGUGGAGCCGGUCAGGUCAACACUUACAGGAUCCCUCUGCUGACCUUCACGACACGUGGAAGUCUGCUGGCCUUCUCAGAGGCCAGGAAAUUCUCCUACAAUGACAUCGGUGCCAAGUUCAUCGCACUGAGACGCUCCACAGACAAAGGAGUCACCUGGUCUCCCACCUCCUUCAUAGUGGACGAUGGAUCUCUAGCAGAUGGGUUGACUCUAGGUUCGGUGGUUGUGGAUGAAGAGACUGGUGCUGUGAUACUCAUCUAUUCUCUGUGUUUCCACCGUUAUCACUGUGACCCCUCCAGCACCAUGAUGGUGCAGAGUCUGGAUGAUGGGUUCACCUGGAGCGCCCCACGAAACCUCUCCGUUGAGCUGGGGGUGAAGAGCUUUGCUCCAGGGCCUGGCUUCGGCAUACAGAAACGGUAUGCUCCCAAUGUGGGCCGUCUGGUGGUGUGUGGCCACGGAUCCAUUGCUGGCGAUGGGGUCUUCUGCAUACUGAGUGAUGAUCAUGGUGCAUCCUGGAGAUAUGGAGCUGCUCUGAAGAGCAUCCCUUACAACCAGCCUAAACAAGACCUGGACUUCAACCCAGAUGAGUGUCAGCCAGUGGAGCUGGAGGACGGAAGUAUAGUCAUCCAUGUGCGUAACCAGAACAAGUAUCACUGCCGCUGUCGAUUAAUAGUGCGGAGUCUGGACGGAGGCGAGACUCUUCCUGUGGAGGAGCUGGUGUUUGACAAAGGGCUGAUCGACCCGGCCGUCGCAGCCGGAGCCCUGCAGAAACAAGGAGUGAUGUACUUCACCAACCCCUCCAGCACUCAGCACAGGGUCAAUCUAACUCUUCGCUGGUCCUUCUCUGAUGGGAAGUCAUGGGAAAAGGAGGCUGUCCAGAUCUGGGCGGGGCCAAGUGGUUAUUCAUGUAUAACAUCACUCAAGGGAGAUUCUCCUGAGGACAACAAAUUCAUCUUCGUCAUUUACGAGAAGGGCCAUAAAGAUUACUGUGAGACCAUCUCUUUUGCCAAAAUCCAUUUAUAUGGAGGGAAAUAACCUACAGGUGGAGGAGCCAAGAAAAGGGAUAUUUAAGACUUUUAAAUUGAUUUUUUUUUCUUUUCUUUUUUUGAGAAAUCCAAGGUAGCAGCGUGAUGAAAAAUAAUUUUUAUCAUUUUUCUUUACAUUAAAUCUGGUCUAUACUAUGAAAUGCUUUUAUAUGAAUUUCACUCCGGAAAAAUAUUGAGGCAUCCUGCUUCAGUGUGAGAUUGAUUUAUACAGCAAUAUAAUGUAAAACCGCUAUGAUUUUACCCACGUUUUUUACCUGUCAGUGCACAAAACAUUCUAUAAUAUGUGUCUUGAAGUUCUCAUAACUUCUUUGUGCAGAUGGUGAGCUGCACAUGGGAUGCACAUGUGUUUUUUUGGGACCAUUUGAUGGGUUUUAAACUGCUCUUGCACCGUUUGUCUUUUUUUUUUUUU